AUGAAGUCUUCCUGGUUGGGGUGGUCCCUCUUCUCCUUGUUGACCGUCCCGACGUUGGCCGCGUCUGCGACAUUGGAGAAAAGAGGAUCCCGAGGACUCGACUCUGACCAACCCACCGUUUUCAAUGGCCUGGAUGUGCCUCCAGUGACCCAGCUGACUCCAGAAAAUUUCGAAGAGCUCACGAAAGAUGGUUAUUGGCUCGUUAAGCACUACUCUCCAUCAUGUGGUCAUUGCCGGAAGGCCGCGCCGGCCUACCAGACCACCUAUGAGUACUACUACACCUCAAACCCGCUCUCCCCCACGUCUAACAAAUCGCCCGAUCCCAAAUCCCUCAACGGGUUUACCAAAUAUUACAACUUCCAUUUCGGAUCCAUGAACUGUCUGGCCCAUGGGGACUUCUGCGAGAAACUGGGUAUUUCGGCAUGGCCGAUCUUCGCGUUCUAUGACCAGGGCGAGCAGAAGGAGAAGCAUGUCGGUGCCAAGUCAGUCAAGGACCUGAGCCACCUCAUCGAAGAGAAGCUGGAGGCGGUAAAGCCUGGAUCCCGACCUCCUCAGGGCAUCAAGCUGCCCGAGGUUGGCGCCACUAGCGUUGAUUCGAGUGCCGAGCCUGAUUCUCCGCUCGCAAAGGACAAGGACUCUGCGGCCGGUGCGCAGGCUGGCGGGAAGUACAAUGAAUUGGCUUCUCAGAAGGAUUCGAAGUCGGAUGGCACCACUACCGACCACCAGACCAAGCCCAAAUCGGCGCCUCCCAACCCGCAGGGCGUCUCUGUCCCUCUCACCGCGGAAAGCUUCCAGAAGCUUGUCACCACUACACAGGACCCUUGGUUCAUCAAGUUCUACGCCCCAUGGUGCGGUCAUUGCCAAGCCAUGGCCCCCAGCUGGAAGGAAAUGGCCAAGGAGAUGAAGGACACAUUGAAUGUGGGUGAAGUCAAUUGCGACAUCGAGUCUCGUUUGUGCGAAGAUGCUCGUGUCAGCGCCUUCCCUACCAUGUAUUUCUUCCGAGGUGGCCAGAGGGUAGAAUAUACCGGCCUGCGUGGCCUUGGAGACCUGCUCUCGUACACAAAGAAAGCCGUUGGUCCUGGCUCCCGCAUUGAAGAUGUUGAUGCGGCCACUUUCAAGGAACUGGAAGAGACCGAAGAAGUCCUCUUCUUGUACUUCUACGAUCAUGCCACUACAUCAGAGGACUUCCGUGCCAUGGAUCGCCUGACUCUUAGCCUCGUGGGCCACGCUCGGAUCGUCAAGACCAGCAGUGCUGCCCUCGCGGAGCGGUUUAAGAUCUCCACAUGGCCGCGACUCUUGGUGGUCCGUGACGGACGGGCGAACUACUACAACGCCCUUGCUCCUAAGGACAUGAGAGACUUCCGCCAGGUUCUGUCCUGGAUGCAGACUGUUUGGCUGCCUAUUGUUCCCGAACUCACAGCUUCCAAUGCCCGCGAAAUCAUGGAUGGCAAGUACGUUGUGCUCGGUAUUCUUAGCCGCCGGCGCUCCGAUGAUUUCAAGCAGUCCAAGCGGGAAUUGAAAGAAGCAGCUCUCGAAUGGAUGGAAAAGCAAGUGCAGCUCUUCCGCCUCGAGCGUUCAGAACUUCGAGACGCUAAGCAGUUGCGUAUUGAAGAGGCUGAUGACCGCGACGACCAGCGUGCUCUCCGCGCUGCUAAGAACAUGCGUAUCACCAUUCGCGAAGAUGACAAGAAGGCUGUUGCCUUCGCCUGGGUGGAUGGUGAUUUCUGGGAACGCUGGUUGCGCACUACCUACGGCAUCGAUGUCCAAAAUGGCGACCGUGUCAUUAUCAAUGAUGAAGAUAAUCGCCGGUACUGGGAUACCGCUUCGAGUGGAGCCCCGGUCAUGGCAUCCCGUACUUCGAUCCUUGAAACUAUUCCUCUCGUCAUCUCCUCCCCUCCUAAACUGGCUGCCAAGUCGACCAUUGGCACGCUGGAAACAUUCUUCUUCUAUACCCGUUCCUUCCUCAGCGGCCACCCUAUUCUCUUCUUCAUCCUGCUCGGUCUCACGGUGGCUGUUGCCACAAUUUUUGGUCGUGGGCGACUCCUGCGCCGUACUGGACUUGGCCGCGGUGGUAUCAUUGGCAACUCCAAUGGCGGUGGUGGUUUCUUCCACCUCGACGGCAAGGAAGGUAUCCUGAACGGAGGAUCGACUGGAAAGGUCGACUAA